AUGUCUACAACCGAGCUAAACAACGUCACCACUUCGGACUCGCAACGUCCACCGUUCCCUUCAUACAAGAGCCCCGACGACCCGUCGUCCGGCUUUGCAACUGAGGAUGAGGCCCUGGAGGCAUGGGAGGCAGAGUGCGAGGUGUACCUCGAAAAGUACGGUGGCGCCAAAGUUCGCGAUCCCUGGGAAGAGGUUCCCAUGAUGUCGUCGGACAGUCAGACUUUCCUUCUACCGCCGAUCGCAUGGGAGAUCAAACGUACCCUCGCUGCCGACCAAGACACUCCUCGAUCACAAUCGCCCGAGCCCAUCGUGCUGGAGAACCCUAGCCCUAAGCGCCGACUUCGUACGCUCUCGCGCGUCAAGUCUAUCUUUGCGCGCUCGUCACGCUCUUCCUCGACGUCUUCAACUUCUUCCAAAUCACCGAGGAGUCCUCCACAGACACCCCUCCGUGGACAAAUAUCCCCAUAA